AAAGUUAACUUUCCUUUGUUUAUUGAGGAACAAAAAAUAAAAAAAACAAAAAAAAACCUCAACUGGAAUAAUCAAAUAAGUUGCAGAACACUCAAUCGGUGUCUCCAUCUUAUUUUAGCUCCCAGUAAAACUCCGUUUUUUUAAAACUGAAGAGUUCCCUAUAGAGAGAAAAUAACAAAUAAAUGCAUUAAAAGGCAUACUGGUUACUCACAAUGCAAAAUUGCAAGCACAGUACAGUACAUGAAGCCAGAGUUAGGAGUUUUCGAGAGAGAGAGAUGGCCAAGAAUUUGCCUGUGUUUUCAAUGAAGCACUUACUGGUGGUUUCCUUAGCCUUGAAUGUGAGUCUGAUUUUGAGGGCGAUGUAUGAGAGAGAAAAAUGGAGUCUUUAUCAUGCGCUGUCACUGCAACAACCGAGGAGCUCCGUAAUCAAUCGUUGUGGAUCACCAGAAGAGGCGCAUGUUAGCACGAAUAAGCAUCUCUCCAUUUCAUUACCUUCGUUGGAUAUGAGUACUAGCAUUGAAGCUGAAGAUCAAGAUGGCGGGGAAAGAAUUAUCAAUCUUGACCACGGGGAUCCAACUAUGUACGAAAAAUAUUGGCAACAAGUAGGCGACAAGACCACAAUUGUGAUUCCUGGGUGGCAAUCAAUGAGUUAUUUCUCUGAUGUGAAUAACAUUUGUUGGUUUCUUGAACCUGAAUUGGCUAAAGAAGUUGUUAGAUUGCACAAAGUGGUUGGGAAUGCCAUAACAGAGAAUCAUCACAUUGUCGUUGGGACGGGCUCAACGCAACUAUUCCAGGCUGCCCUUUAUGCUCUGUCCACGCAGGAUGCAUCAGAACCUAUCAGUGUUGUUUCUGCAGCUCCGUACUAUUCUUCCUAUCCUUCAAUUACCGAUUGCCUCAAGUCUCAGCUGUAUAAAUGGGCUGGUGAUGCUCAAAGGUUUGACAAAGAUGGUCCAUACAUUGAACUAGUCACUUCCCCGAACAACCCUGAUGGAUUUGUAAGGCGAUCUGUGGUGAAUCGCAGUGGGGGGGUAUUGGUUCAUGAUCUUGCAUAUUAUUGGCCACAAUAUACUGCAAUAUCUUUUCCUGCAGACCAUGAUCUUAUGCUGUUUACUGUUUCAAAAAGCACUGGUCAUGCUGGGAUGCGAAUUGGACCAUCACUUGUUACAUCUUUCAGUUGGGCUCUUGUUAAAGAUACUGAGGUUGCCAAGAAAAUGACAAAAUUCAUAGAACUCAAUACCAUUGGUGUGUCUAAGGAUUCACAGCUCCGAGCAGCCAAAGUUUUGAAAGUUGUUUCUGACAGUUGCGAACCAUCCAACAGAGAAAUUGAGUGCUUCUUUGAGUUCAGCCACCAGCAAAUGGCCAUGAGGUGGAAGCAGCUGAGAGUGGCUGUAAAAAAGAGUGGUCUAUUCAGUGUGCCUGACUUUCCCCCUCAAUUCUGCACGUAUCUUGGUCGUGCCUUUGAGCCUCGGCCUGCAUUUGCAUGGUUAAAAUGCGAACAAGACAUAAACGACUGUGAAAGCUUCCUUAGGAGCAAGAAGAUCUUGACAAGAAGUGGGAAGCACUUCGGCUUUAGCCCAAAAUAUGUGCGAAUAAGCAUUAUAGAUCGAGAUGAAAAUUUCAAUCUUUUUACACGUAGAUUGUCCAAGAUCAUUUCAUGACAGCACAUCAACUCAACUCAAGAUGCAAUUUGCAAAUGAGGAGCCAUUCCUGUGUAUGUUAAGGAAGAAUUUUACACAAUGGAAUGAAUCUACUUGUAAGAACUCUAAUAAUUCUGAUUUUUCUGUAGUUAGAGUUAAUCUAUGACUGGAAUAAUGGGUCAGGAUCCAUUAAUUCUUAGUGAUUGUUGACUUCACGUAGGUGCCAUUUGCUUCUAGGAAAAGAGAAAAAUGUAGAACAGCAGCUAUAGAAUGUAGAAUUUUUCUUUUGAUUUCCUA